AUGCUGAAGCGGCAGAUGGUGGAUCUGGAUGUGGUCCCCAUUUUUUGCCAAACUGCAGGCAUCCUUCAGGAGGAAAGGCUGUGUACGGUGAACAUGCCUCUGCUGAUGUUUCUCGUGCUCCCUGCCCUCCACCUCUAUCAUUUCCCCAUGGAGACAAGAAACCAGACCAGUGGCUCCACAUUCACGCUCCAAAGCAUCGCCAACGCUGGGCAGCAGCGGCUUCUCUUUGUGCUCUUCCUGUGUCUGUACCUGGUCACCGUGGUGGGGAACCUGCUCAUCGUCCUGGCCACCAGGACAGACUCCCGCCUCCACGCCCCCAUGUACUUCUUCCUCGCCAACCUGUAUCUGGUAGACAUCGGCUUCUCCUCUACCACUUUGCCCAGCCUGCUGGGGACACUCUUCACUGGACGCCAAGACGUUCAUUACCGUGGCUGCCUGGCCCAGAUGUAUUUCUUCAUUACUUUUCGGGCCACCGAGAACUUCCUCCUGGCCGCGAUGGCCUAUGAUCGCUACUUGCAUUGUGUCCCGCUGGUGGUUGCCUGCUGGCUGCUUUCUCACACCCACUCCCUGCUGCACGCCCUCCUGAUGACCCAGAUGACAUUCUGUGCCUCCUGUGAAAUUCCUCUCUACUUCCAUGACAUCUUACCCCUGUUGAAGAUCUCCUGCUCCGAUCCUCACAUCAACGUCCCUAUGGUGUACACAGAAGGGGCCGCCAUAGUCAACAUUGCCCUUCUGAUGGCCCUUGGGAAGCGCAAAGCUUUCUCCACCUGUAGCUCCUACCUGGCUGCGGUCGGGCUCUUCUAUGGCACCGUCAUUUGGGUCUACUUCCAGUCAUCAUCCAACUUCUCCUCUCAGCGGAACACCGUCGCCACAGUCAUUUACACAACUAUCACCCCGCUCCUGAACCCUUUUAUCUACAGCCUGCAUAACAGAGACCUACACCAGGCUUUGCGCUCCUGGCCCUAUGCCCUCAGACCCUGA